AGGGGCUGCCUCUCCUUUUCUGUCUCUGCUCUGUCCUGAUUGGCUGAUGCAUCAGUCCGUCAGGGGGGCUUAAAGGCGGUGGGCUGAUUAAAGUAGAUUAGGAGGGGGAGAGAGGGGGAUAGUGUGUGCUGGCAUCACACUCUGGUCAUCACAGCGAUGGCUUCACCAUGGAAACACUGCUGCAUCCUCCUCCUAGCUCUCCUCGUCCUCCAUCUGCAGUCGUCUGCCUGCCUAGACCGACGAGAUGCUGACCGUGCUGCUGUGUCUCCAGUAUAUGAUGAAGGGAUGGCUCAGAGUGAUGGAGGGAUGUGGAUGGAGGAGCGUUUGAUGUCUGCAGACCAACCGUUCAGACUACAGCAGUCUCCAGAUGUGUCCCGGAGGAAGUUACUUCAGAUGCCAGGAGCUGCAGUUCCCUUCCCUCCCCUCAUGGUGUUGUCUGAUGGGGAGCCGUGUGUCCUGUUCCAGGCCAGGAAGUUGUCUCUCCGCUAUGAGAAGCAAAAGCAGCUGGACCUGACGGAGAGAGCCUUUUCUCCUCAGACACCUGUCGACACCAGCCAGUCUGUCUGCCGCCAGGAUAAGGCCACACUGCAGCUGUCCAACAAUUUCUACGAGUCUUCAGGUCAGUGGUGGUUCUCGGUGGACAGCGUCUCUCUGCUCUACAACACCUCUGAAGAGGCCGUGUUCAACGCCAGUGAUGUGUAUGCUCCAGCCUCCUCCUCCUACCACUGCCUCCACGUCAGCAGCCUGCAGCGUUACAGCGCCCUGCUUCUGCCCAGCACCGACCGCGCCCGCCGCUGGACCGUCACCUUCACCAACUUCCAGAUUCAAGCCUUUAAUGUCACUGGUGGUACAUUUUCUCCUGCGAGCGUCUGCGCCACCUUCAUGACGCCAGCCAUCCUGAUGGGCCUCAUCACGUCCCUCAUCCUGCUGCUGGUCCUGGCCUAUGGCCUGCACAUGGUCAUCCACCUGAAACACAUAGAACAUGACGACGAACACAAGGCCGAUGUCUACUUCCCCCAAAGCCCUGAGCAGCCUGAACAUUGCUGCAUGGAAAACGAUGCUGAGAAAAAUAUUCUGUGUAGCCAAGAAGGUCAUUAGAGACUGUUACACUUCAAAAAGAGACACAGCUGAUUUGAUGCCGACAACUGGUACCCAACCUCUGGUGUGAUGGUAUACUUUCAGCUCAAGAUUAGAUUUUUUAAAUUUAUAUUUCUAGUGUUUUUUUAAUUUGCCUAUUAGUGAAUUUCUGCAUUUGUCUUUAUUACAAAUUUAAUAAAAAUAUAAAUAAAAAUGCAUGUUUUGUUUUGUUCUGUUUCCCAUUUGUAGUGUGUCUUACAUCUUACAGUAUUGUCACACUUUUAAUGCUCAGAGCAUGUUGCACAAGACAAAGGGUAGUUUGUAAUACGCACCCUGAUGGGAAGCUGUUCUCUCUCUUUAUACCUCGGCUUGGUCCUCCCCCUCCGACUGAGGCUGCUUCUAGUUAUUUAUUAUUUAUUUAUAUUUUGCAUGGCUUUGAUCAUUUUUACAUUGUACAGGACUCAGCAUGAUCAAACACAAGGGAGCUUAACAUGAUUACAUAUGCAUGAUCAAACGUAAUUUCCCUUACAGCUAGAAUAAAAUCAAAAUGACCUAUAAUAAACUCUCUUAUUGUGAAAAGAUGCAGGAUGAAACUGUUUCAUAUCAUCGAGCUUAGCUUUAAAAAUGCAUUGGCUUACUUAAUGGUUAUAUUAUAUAUAUAUAUAUAUUGUGUGCACUCAUGUAUAUGAUUAUUUAUGUCAGAAUUUCAAGUUUAAAAGAUUGUAUUUGUCACAUGUACAGUAAAAAAUAAGAGAAAAUAAAGAAUGAAUACAUAUGGAACAGAAAUAUAAGGCAUACAAGUUAAAAGAAAAUUAAAUAUAUGUAAUUAAUAAAUGUAUUAAAAUGAUGUAUUGAAAAG